AUGAACUUGAUUGACAUCCUUUGGAGGCAAGAUAUAGACCUUGGGGCAAGGCGUGAAGUUUUUGAUUUUAGUCAACGGCAGAAGGAGUAUGAACUCGAGAAACAGAAGAAACUUGAAAAGGAAAAACAAGAGCAGCUCCAAAAAGAGCAGGAGAAAGCCUUGCUGGCUCAGCUGGAGUUAGACGAAGAGACAGGUGAAUUUGUUCCAGUUCAGCCAGCUCAGCACAUUCAGUCAGAAAAUACUGAGCCACCAAUUGGUUUUUCACAGACCACACAGACUUCAAAACCAGAAGCAGAGGCCUUGUCCUUUGAUGACUGCAUGCAGCUCUUGGCAGAAGCAUUCCCAUUUAUAGACAACAAUGAGGCUUCUUCAGCUGCAUUUCAGUCACUGGUUCCUGCUCAGAUCGAUAGCAACCCAGUCUUCAUUUCCACUGAUCAAACUCAGCCACCUGAAUCACCUGUUCUAGUUCCACUUACUGAUGCAGAGAAUAUGCAGAACAUAGAGCAAGUUUGGGAAGAGUUAUUGUCCCUUCCAGAAUUGCAGUGUCUUAACAUUGAAAAUGAUAACCUGACUGAGGUAAGCACAAUCACAAGCCCUGAAACCAAGCCAGCAGAGAUGCACAGCAGCUAUAAUUACUACAGCUCAUUACCCACCAUGAGAAAAGAUGUUAACUGCGGUCCAGAUUUCCUGGAUAGUAUUGAGGGCCCCUUUUCCAAUGUGUUGCCACCAGAAGACACCAGCCAGCUGAGUGUGAACUCUGCAGAUGACUCGUCCCCUUCAAAUUCUGAUUUCUGUGAGGAUUUCUACACCACCUUUAUUGAUACAAAGGCGAACGGUGACACAGCAACGACAAACACUAUCAGUCAAUCACUUGCGGAAAUUCUAAGUGAACCUAUUGAUCUUUCUGAUUUCUCACUGUGUAAAGCUUUUAAUGGCAACCACUCAGGAACCGCACCAGAAUGUAAUGAUUCUGACUCUGGUAUUUCAUUAAAUGCAAGUUCUAGCGUAGCAUCGCCCGAACACUCUGUUGAAUCAUCUGCCUAUGGAGAUAAGACUUUUGGAUGUAGCGAUUCUGAAAUGGAAGACAUGGAUAGUGCCCCUGGAAGCAUGCCGCAGAGCAAUGCUAGCGGGUACUCAUUGCAGUUCCAGGAUCAAGCGUUUUCUUCCGCGGGGCCAAGCACUCAAACACCUAGUUUGCAGCGUACAGACACACCAAAGAAAGAACCCCCCGCCAGUCCAGGCCACCCCAAAGCUCCGUUCACAAAAGAUAAACCUUCAAGCCGCCUUGAAGCUCAUCUCACGAGAGAUGAGCAAAGAGCAAAAGCUCUGCAGAUCCCUUUUCCUGUUGAAAAAAUCAUCAAUCUCCCUGUUGAUGACUUCAAUGAAAUGAUGUCUAAGGAGCAGUUCAGUGAAGCCCAGCUUGCACUUAUUAGAGAUAUACGCAGGAGAGGCAAGAACAAAGUGGCUGCUCAAAAUUGUCGUAAGAGAAAACUGGAAAAUAUAGUGGAACUGGAGCAAGACUUGAGUAACCUAAAGGAUGAGAAAGAGAAAUUGCUCAAGGAAAAAGGAGAGCAUGACAAAAGCCUUCGUCAAAUUAAAAAGCAACUAACCACCUUAUACCUUGAGGUCUUCAGCAUGCUACGUGAUGAAGAUGGGAAGUCUUACUCUCCUAGUGAAUACUCACUGCAGCAAACUAGAGAUGGCAAUGUCUGGCUUGUUCCUAAAAGCAAGAAGUCAGAGACUAAACUUUGAAGGGCAGCACAGCUGGCUACUGCUCUUCAAGUUGUUAUUUUUGUAUCAUUACCCUGAUAGUUUUUACUGUGAGAUGGAAUGUGGAAUUAAGUAAUAUUUUUCAGAUGGAAUGUGGAAUUAAGUAAUAUUUUUCAGGUAAUUCUAUGCAAUGAUGAUUUUAAAGUUAAUAAUUAGUUUAUGGAAGAGGCAAGUUUAAAACUAAUGGUGUAAUGCAGAUGGACAUAUGCAAAAUUUGUAAUCUCACUUUUAUAACAGACAUUUCCUUCUUAUAGCACCACUUUGACUAGUUUCCAUAUACCUGUAAAUAUUUAAAGAUACCAUAUUUAUAUACUGUUCCUAUCUCUUGUUAUAUUCAUAGAUUUAUUUGAGAGAUAUAUUAAAAAUUAUUUUAGCCUUCUGAAUAUAAUUUCUUGCAAGACAAACAGUCUGGCUUCUGAUACUUUUUUAUAAAUAUGCAAUAGUAUUUGUUUCCCAUUGUUCUUACACAUUUAUACUUGCUUUAUAUUUAAUAUAUGAUUUUAAUUUAGUAUGAAAGUUGAUACUUUGUGUUUUGAUUUUGAUUUACCAGUUCAUUAAACUUUAUUUUUUAACUCUACUUC